UGUCUUAUAUUUACCAUAAUAUCCCAUUUCAUAUGCUCCGUAACAAUAGCUCCCUUAACAUUUUUCUUACGUUUUAUCUCAUCAAAAUCUUUUUUUUUUGGUCUUCCGGUUACGAGAUGGAGUCCGGUAAUAGUAGUAGCAUGCAAUCUUCAAAUGGCGGUGGCGGAGGAGGAGAAGAGGAGUACGAUUCACGCGCCGCCGAUCAAUCCAUCUCCGCCUUCUUCGGACACCACGUGUCAUCUCUACCUCCGCCGCAACAAAACCACCUCAACCUCCUCCAUUUCGACCAUAACAACAACAACAAUUCUCUAAUAUCACCAAACUACUUCAACAACAACAACACGUUCUUACCCGUAAACCAACAAUCCGACCCUAUCUCCCAACCCGACCUCCGAACCUUCUCCGCCACGUCAUCACUCCCUCCUCCUAACAACAUAGGAGUAACCAAGAAAACAAAGAAAAGAUCACGAGCAUCAAGAAGAGCACCAACCACGGUUCUAACGACGGACACGUCAAACUUCCGAGCGAUGGUUCAAGAGUUUACCGGAAUCCCAGCUCCGCCGCUAUUCAACAACAACUCCGUCGUGAACACCACGCGCCUCAACACUUUCCUCGGCUUGUCUUCUUCUUCGCCAAACUCUUACAAUAACAACAAUCUCUUGUUACGACCUUUCGCUCAAAAGCUCAUGCCAACGACGUCUCCACUCUUAUCCGGAUCACAGAUUCAGCAAUUUCAAAACCCUAACAACGGUUUCGAGAAUAUGAACCCACAGGCCCUUCUCCAAGCUCAUAUUUCAAACCCUAGAAGCAAUGAUCACGAUCAGUUUGGUCUUGGUAUCAAUUGUAUGAUGCAGAGUCCAUCUGCUAAUCCUCACACGGCAGCGGCAGCG